AUGCUCCCUGUCUUCCUGCACGGUAGUGCGACAUCACAACAUGGGCACCAUCCCCGCGUCCUGUCCAACGCGUUCAAGUCGUUCGAGACCAUCGACUCCAUUGCUUGGAACGACCUCGCUCUCGUCGUCUCCGCCAUGCAGCUGCUGCUGGUUCUCGUGGGGCUCAUCGUGACGUUCCGCGGCAUGUCCGCCAAGCGGUCAUCGUACUUUUUGGCUACAUUCAUGACGUUCAAUGUCAUUUCAGUAUACUCACUGCAUUAUUGUUUGGUCGGCUUCACCGUGGCGUUCGUCGUUGGGACCGUGGUUGCAUUCAUGGCAGAGCCAAGGAUCGGCGCCUGGGCGAUUGGAUUUGGGCUCGGCGCGACCGUCACCGACGCGUUCUUUACCGUCCUGCUCGGCAUCUUGGACGUCCCUACGACCACCGAACUCUCGUGGGGCAUCAUGGCCGUCGUGCUCGCGAUUGGUCUCAUCUGUGCGUGCCAUGCUUUGAACGAAAAUGCACUGUUCCUCGCCGUCGCCACGAGCUGUACUGGCGCGUUUGCAGUGUCCAACUCGCUUGUGGCUGCGAUGGAUUGCAUGUUGCCAGCGCCGACUACGGCCGCGGCGUUGGCGAUCCUGCUCGGCGCCGGUGGAAUUCUCAUGGUCGGCUGGAUCGUGCACCAGAAAUCGGCCGCCAGCAUCGCAUCCACGGACCCGAUCUCGUCUCCCAUCGAACGGAUUUAG